AUGAGAAAAUAAGCAGAAUUUGAACUCUAUAAGCGUCUCAAAUUACUUGGAGAAGGUUCUUUUGGAAAAGCUUAUUUAGUUGAAUUUCUUCAAGACAAGUAGAAAAGAUACUUUAGAAUAUUAGGUCACUAUGGGUGACUAAAUAUAUGGAUUUAGCAGCCAUGACAACUUAAGAGAGAGAAGAAACUUUGAGAGAAGCUAAAAUACUUGAAAUUUUACAGCAUCCAAACAUUGUGAGAUUUAAAGAAGUCUAUAGAACAAAAAAAGGACGUUUGUGUAUAGUUAUGGAGUAUGCAGAUGGUAAAUUUGAUAAUUAUAAACAGGUGGUGAUUUGGCUUAAAAAGUUAAAGAAGCAAAAGGAAAAUAUUUACCUGAAACUUAAAUUUUAGAUUGGUUUACUUAAAUUUGUUUGGCAAUCAAACAUGUUCAUGAUAGGAAGAUCAUUCACAGAGAUUUAAAAUGCUAAAACAUUUUUUUAACUAAAACAGGACAAGUUAAAUUAGGAGAUUUUGGUAUUGCAAGAGUUCUAAAGAAAACUAUUGAGAAGGCUAAAACUAUGGUGGGGACUCCAUAUUACAUAAGUCCUGAAAUCAUUGAAGGAAAACCCUAUACAUUUAUGACUGACAUUUGGUCAUUGGGUGUAAUCCUCUAUGAAUUAUGUGCUUUAUAACCUCCCUUUAGAGCAGAAUCUCUUCACUUUCUAGCUUUGAAUAUUGUCAAGGGUUAAUAUAAACCAAUUCCAAAUCAUUAUUCUAAAGAAUUAAGAUCAUUAGUUGCUUCGUUACUUCAAGUUGAUUAUAGACGAAGACCAACAAUACAAGAAAUUCUCAGUAACUAUUCUACUAAUUUAUAGAAAUGCCUGUUAUAAUAAAUAGAAUUAAAAGCUUCCUUAGUGAAACUAUUUAACGAUAAGAAUUCUCUCAUACUAUUCUCCAUAAUAGAGUAAUUUAAUUGUAUUUAUUAAUAAGAAUUUUGAAAUCAAAGGAAAUUUUGAUCAAAUCAAUCUCAUUUUGAAUGAAAAACCAUGUCCACCUUCACUUAUGGAAUAAAACCAAAAAAAUCUUUAAGAAUUUCCAGAAAUUAUCAAAAAACCCUAACAAUAAUAACAAGAUCCUUCUGCCAUAAUAAAGCCUCCCUAAUUAUAAAAAUAACCUUCAUCCAGACAAUAAUAAGAACCUCCAUCUUCCAGAUAAAUUUAAUAAUAAGAAUAACCAAAAAUAACUGAAUUGCCUAAACCCAUUUCUUGGGAAGUCCCUAAAUAGAUUGAGAUUCCAAAACAGAUAGAAAUCCCAAAAAAAUUAGAGCCAAUUGUUAAAAAUUCUCCUAUCAUUUAAAAAAAGGACUCUUAGAAAGAAAUAAUUACAGAAGAAAAAAAAUUAUCUCCAUUAUUGCUCUAAUAAUAAAUUCGACCUAAAAGCGAUUAAGAUAAAGGAUAAUAAAAAAGUGAACCUAAUAGAUUUGAUGGUUAACCAUAAAAAAAGCAUUCAAAUAGUGAAUAAGCUUUGAAUGAAUAAAAAGUUGAAUAAUUCAUUUCACCAAAAGUUCUUUAAAAACCAACAGAUUAACCAAGGUAUAAAUAUUUAUAAAAUAAAAGACCUCCUACUGCUCCUAAAGACAAACACCCACCUCCUAAUAGUCAAAGACCUUAAAGUUCAAGAUAAUAAGUAGUUGAUUAAAAGAAGCCUGAAAAAAAAGUUAUUGAGAAAAAAAGACCUACAAGUGUUGAUAAGUCUCCUCCUGUUAAAUAUUAGGAUGAAUAACCUUAAGCUUAUAAUAAUAACUAACGUCAAGAAGAAAGGAUUAGAUAGUUAAAAAUGAAAUAAUUUCAAUAAUAGGGAAAGAUGGAAAUGGAAAAAAAAGAAAGAGAAAAAGAAAAAGAAAGAGAGAGAGAAAAAGAAAGAGAAAGAGAAAGAGAAAAAGAAAGAGAAAGAGAAAGAGAAAGAGAAAGAGAAAGAGAAAGAGAAAGAGAAAGAGAGUUAAUUGAAAAAUAGAAAUUACUUGAAAAAUAAUAAUCAUAAGAGAAAAAACGAAUUCAAAAUGAUAGGGCUUUAGAUAAUAAUUUAUUGUAAAAUUAAUACAAAGUAGAACCAAAACCACAAGAAAAAUCACCUUAAUUUGGAGGAAAACAAUAAAAAGAUUCAAGAGUAUAAAUUAAACCAAAAUCUGAUCUAUUGGAAUGUGUGUAACAGAAAAAUAAAGAUUUAGAUCUUAUGCUUUAAGAAUUAUAAGGAAUAGUAAUUAUAAAAAUCUAUUUUAUUUAGAUUGGAGGGGAUAAUAAUUAAAUAGAUAAGAUAUCCAAUUAAAAUGGAAAAGAAAAUGUUCAAGAUUACAAUUCUCUACCAGUGACAUAAAUAGAAGAUAGAGAAGAUGAUGAAGAUGAAUCUUGUGAUAAAAAUGUCUAGAAACAAAAAUAAGCUAUCAAACCUAUCUCUGAGAUAGAAGAGGAAUGUUUAGAAUUGUUAAAUAAACAGGAUUUAAACAAAUGCAGCACAAUUCUUAUUAAAAUUGAAAAAUCCAUAGGUAAAGAGAAGAUGAAAAAGACAAUUGACAUUUUGCGUAAGGCUGUAAGACUUUGUAAAUAAUCAAUAUUAGUUAGAGAAGAUGAGCCUUGAAGUUAUUGAAUAAAACUAUGGUCCAAAUUAUGAAAAAUUAUUACCAUUUUUAACAUUAGAAGAAAGAAAGAAAUGUGCACCACUUCUUAUAACUCACAUAAUUGCUGAUUGA